ACCUCCGCCACCUCCCUCCCUUGUCCUCAACUUGCAAUCUCACAAAUUGGUCCUUAGAAAAGGAAUUGUCUUCCUUGUCACUGGGAUUGUGUAGCAUUUGCAUCCAUUCCUCGAAAAGUAACAGCUCGUCAGCACCAAUCGAUCGAUCAAUCAUGGCUCUCUUCCAGGCAAAGGUCAAGAGCGUGCUCUCCGGCGACACCAUCGUCCUGCACAACAUCAACAACCCGAAGCAAGAGCGCACCUUGAGCCUCGCCUUCGUUUCUGCGCCUAGGUUAAGGAGAGAGGGCGAUGAGCCCUUCGCCUUCGAAUCUCGCGACUUCCUGCGCCGUCUCCUUGUCGGAAGGGUCGUACAGUUCAAGGUCCUGUACACCAUUCCCACCGGAGCCAAGCGUGAUUACGGACUGGUUGCUCUCGCCGGCGACGGCCCGCAGGUCCCCGAGCUCGCGCUUGCUGAGGGUUGGGUGAAACUCCGCGACGAUGCCGACCGCAAGGACGAUUCGGAGGCGUCACAACAACUGCUGUCCAAGCUCGAGGCUCUCGAGGCGCGGGCCAAGGCGGACUCGAAGGGCCUGUGGGCUGAGACUGGCGGCCGCAUUGAAACUUCUUUCGACCUUCCGGACGCGCAGGGCUUCUUGAGCCAACACAAGGGCCAGGACCUGGAUGCCAUUGUUGAGAAGGUUCUCAGCGGCGACCGCCUCAUUGCGCGCAUCUUGGUGUCCCCGAACAAGCACAUACAGACGAUGGUCCUCGUUGCCGGUGUCCGCGCCCCUUCGACCAAGCGGAUAAAUCCCUCGGACGGAAAAGAGCAGCCCGCGGAACCCUUCGGCGACGACGCACAGUUCUUCAUCGAAUCGCGCCUUCUCCAGCGGACCGUCAAGCUCUCCCCUCUUGGUGUGAGCCCGCAGAACCAGCUCAUCGCCAGCGUCAAGCACCCCCAGAAGGGCAACGUCGCGCCUUUCCUGCUCGAUGCCGGUCUUGCGAGGUGUGCGGACCAACACGUCACGCUGCUGGGUCAGGAAAUGAGCAAGCUGCGCCUGGCUGAGCGUCAUGCGAAGGAGCAGAGGUUGGGCAUCUACCAGGGCCACGUCGCCGCCAGGCCGAGCGCCGGCAACGAGGUCGAGGUUGUGGUUAGCAGGGUGCAAACUGCCGACACUCUAUACCUGCGCAACAAGAACGGAGUCGAGAAGCGCGUCAACUUGAGCAGCGUCAGGCAGCCCAAGCCUUCGGAUCCCAAGCAGUCACCAUGGGGCGCUGAGGCCAAGGAAUUCCUACGCAAGCGCCUGAUUGGCAAGCACGUCAAGGUUGUCAUUGAUGGCAAGCGCCCCGCCACCGAGGGUUACGACGAGCGCGAGAUGGCCACCGUUACUCUCAACAGCAAGAACAUUGGUCUUCUGUUGGUUGAGAACGGCUACGCAUCGGUCAUCAGGCACCGCGCCGACGACUCUGACCGCAGCCCCAUUUACGACGAUCUACUUCAGGCUGAGGAGCAGGCGCAAGCGGAGAAGAAGGGCAUGUGGUCUCCCAAGGGGCCCUCUACCAAGCAAUACGUGGAUUACUCGGAGAGCCUGGAGAAGGCUAAGAGGCAGCUCACCCUGCUCUCGAGGCAGAAGAAGGUGCCUGCGGUUGUCGACUUCGUCAAGUCUGGCUCUCGUUUCACCGUUCUCGUUCCCCGCGAGAAUGCCAAGCUCACUUUCGUCCUCUCUGGUAUCCGCGCCCCCAGGUCUGCCCGCAACCCCAACGAGAAGAGCGAGCCAUUCGGCCAGGAGGCCCACGAUUUCGCCAACAAGAGGUGCCAGCAGCGUGAUGUGGAGAUUGAUGUCGAGGACCUUGACAAGGUUGGCGGCUUCAUUGGAACUCUUUAUAUCAACCGCGAGAGCUUCGCCAAGCUGCUGGUCGAGGAAGGCCUUGCCUCGGUGCACGCCUACUCCGCCGAGAAGUCUGGCAACGCGAACGAGCUCUUCGCUGCGGAGCAGAGGGCCAAGGAGGGCCGCAAGGGCAUGUGGCAGAACUGGGACCCCUCGCAAGACGAGCAGGAGGAGGAGGCUCCCGUCGAGCAGACCAACGGCAGCAACGGCGCUGCCGUGACCGCCGAGCGCCGCAAGGACUACCGCGAUGUCGUCGUCACCAACGUCGACGAGAACGGCAAGCUGAAGAUCCAGGAGGUCGGAAGCGGCACGAGCGCGCUGACGGAGCUGAUGAACUCGUUCCGGAAGUUCCACCAGAACAGCGCCAACGCCAAGGGCGUCGAGACGGUCAAGGCGGGCGACUUUGUGUCGGCGCGCUUCACCGAGGACGACGAGUGGUACCGCGCCAAGAUCAGGCGCAACGACCGCGAGGCCAAGAAGGUCGAGGUCGUGUACGUCGACUACGGCAACUCGGAGACGAUUCCGUACGGACGGCUGCGGCCGCUGCCGGCGCAGUUCAGUACAUCGACGCUGAAGGCGCAGGCGAUUGACGCGGUGCUCUCGUUCCUGCAAUUCCCGACGUCGGCCGACUACCUACGCGACGCUGUCGACUUCAUUGCGAACGAGACGGCGGGGCGGCAGAUGGUGGCCAACGUGGACAACAUUGCCGACGGCAGCCUGUACGUGACGCUGUUCGACCCGGAAAGCCAGAACCGCGACGAGCACCUCAACGGCGACGUGGUGGCGGGCGGGUACGCCAUGGUGCCGCGGAAGCUGAAGGCGUGGGAGCGCGCGGCGAGCGACGUGCUGGCUGUGCUGAAGGAGCGCGAGGAGGAGGCCAAGGCUGAGCGGAAGGGCAUUUGGGAGUAUGGCGAUUUGACCGAGGAUUAAGCGUGUGUGCGUGUGUGUGUACAUACAUGCUUUGAGAGAGAGGGGGUUGUUGUUGUAGGCUCCCGGUACUAGUAGUGCGUGGUGUGGUGUGGUGGCAAGGGGAUUGGAAAGCGGUUGCCUCGUUGUGUUGUUGAUCUUCUUAGCUCUACUUAUUCCCGCCGACGACGAUGAAGGCGGCGACGCGAAGGUGGUGUGUGGCAAUCGAUGCUCGAUGCUCGAUGGUUGAUUGAUAGGGAAGAAGAAAGCCUGUUUUGGCUUGUUUUUUUUUUUUUUUUUUUUUUUUUUUUUUUUUUUUUUUUUUUUUUUUUUUUUUUUUUUUUUUUUUUUUUUU